CAUCAUUUCUCAAAAUUUUCUUCUUCUUUCAUCCUAAUGUCACUCCCCACUUUCCAAACCUUAUUGAAAUUCCAUAACCACCAUGAAAAGCCACCAUUGAAGCUACCUUCAAGGUUCUUCAUAACAAAUUCUCAGAGACCAGAUUGCCAGUUUUCACCAUUUUUUCCGGCAAUUUCACAGAGUGUUGCAGCGGUGGUGUUUGGGGAGGCAUCAGAACAUCAACGGUCAAGAUUGUAUCCGUUGACCAAGAGAAGAUCAGAAGGAGCAAUUCCAAUUGCAGGAAGUUAUAGGCUUAUCGAUGCAGUUAUAAGCAAUUGCAUCAAUAGUAAUAUCACAAAGAUAUACGCACUCACACAGUUUAAUUCCACUUCCUUAAAUUCGCAUCUUUUGAGAGCUUAUUCUGGUGGAUUAUUAGCAAAUCAAGAAUUUCUUGAAGUUAUUGCAGCUUAUCAAAGUCCCGAAGAUAAUGGCUGGUUUCAGGGAACUGCAGAUGCUAUGAGAAGAUGUUUAUGGGUAUUAGAAAAACAUCCGGCGCUUGAAUUUUUGGUCUUGCCAGGUCAUCAUCUUUACAAAAUGGAUUAUCAGAAGCUUCUAGAAGAACAUAGAAACAAUAAGGCGGAUAUAACAGUUGCAGUUUUGGAUAACAUGAAAGAAGAGAACACGGGUUUUGGAAGUUUUAAAAUUGAUGUUAAUAAUAAUAAUAAUAAUCGAGUUAUUGGGUUCAAAGAGGAACAAGAAUUGUUUAUGCCAUUACCAGUUAAUGGCUCAAAUUUUAAUGGUGAAAUGUUUUCGGGUAUGGGGAUUUAUGUCAUGAACAGACAUGUUAUGAUAAAGCUCUUGAAAGAAUCUUUCCCUAAAGCAAAUAAUUUAAAGAAUGAAGUAAUACCAGGUGCAAUAUCCCUAGGGUUGAAGGUUCAUGCUUAUCGAUUUGAUGGAUAUUGGGAGGACAUGAGAAGCAUUGAAGCAUAUUAUGAAGCGAAUAUGGAAAGCACAAAGAAAAAAAACAUGAAAUAUAACUUCUAUGAUAGAGAUUUUCCAGUGUACACUCUGCCACGUCAUCUGCCUCCAUCUCUAGUAACCAAUGCUGCCAUUACAGAUAGUGUCAUUGGUGAUGGUUGCAUUCUCAAUAGAUGCAGCAUCAGAAAUACAGUAAUUGGUCCAAGAACAAGAGUUGGAGAUGGAGCUGUAAUAGAAGAUUCAGUAAUCAUGGGAUCUGAUAUCUAUCAGAGCAUACCUGAACAGAGAAAUGGUGGAGGAGAUGGAAAGCAUGCGAGUAUUCCAAUUGGUGUUGGGGAAGGAUCUUUCAUAAAGAGAGCUAUAAUAGAUAAGAACGCAAAGAUUGGGAAAAAUGUUAAGAUCAUAAACAGGGAUAAUGUGCUAGAAGGGAACAAUGAAACUGAUGGAUACAUCAUUACAUCAGGCAUAAUUGUUGUUGUGCGAGGUGCAGUGUUUCCAGAUGAAAGCAUUUUAUGACAUCAAUUUACAGAAAUAAUUCUUAGAUGAGUUCUUUGAGGUCGUUGAUGGUGAUUUUGAUCAAAAACUGACAUAAUUGCUUCACGUCUUUGAAUGUUUAAAGGAGAAGUAAGAAAUCAAACUUCAGGUGAUGCGUAUGCUGCUGGAAAUUAGUUGGAUUUAAGGAGAUUUUUGCUGAGAUUCCAUUGAUCUCUGUAGGGAUUGUAAAUUAGAGAAAGCACACAAACGGAUUUAAUGAUUCUAUAGGAAUAAGUGUGUUCUAUUUCCCAUGGUAUAUGCAUAAUGAUUGAUGUUGAAAGUUCAAAUCUUUAAGUAGAAAAUCAGAAUAACUAAUUCUGUAUCACAAAAUACGAAAGUGUGUUAGG